AUGACCGACUUGGACAAGAAAAUGAAAGCCAUGACGACCCUUCUCCAGGAAUCUGAUAAAUCUAAAUCCUCAUGCCGAAAUGUUGAUAUUUCUACCGACUGGAAACAAGAACUCGUAAACAUGUUGGGAGAGCUAAACAGGUCAUACAUAUCCGACUUCGAAUAUCUGUACUAGUAAGCUGAUGAUCUGGGACUAACAGAACAAUGCAAUAUGGUUUUCAUGACAAAACCUGAAGAACAAUCUAACCGAGAAUUUGCAGAUGGAGAGGAUGUUGUUGAGUUUCAAAAGGGCAACAAACUUGCAAAGGGAAACAACUUGGAAUUGAUGAAAAGAGAAUCAGGUUCUUAG